AUGGCCUACCCGCCCCCUCCAGGUAUCUCCAGCGGCGCCUCCAGCAACCUAUCCCACCCGUCCCUGCCCGCGCGGCCUCCCCCCUCAAAGUCGUCCGGCGGCUUCAAGUCCGCCUUCAAGCCCGCCUUCGGAGCGGCGUCCACCGCGUCACCCUCCUCCUACUCGAGCGCACCGAGCUACUCCAGCGCACCCGCGGCCAGCAACUAUGGCCCCUCAUACCCGUCAUACCCCCAACAACAUGCCUCGCCCUCCGUAGGCGCCGGCCCCUACCAGGCACCGCCCUCGUACCACCAAUACCCGCAAGCCGGCGGCGCCCCCGGCGGCUACGGCCAGACGAGCAGCUACACCGCUCCCCCUUCGACCGCGUCAUACUCCGCCGCGCCGCAGAUCCGCAACCCGUUCCCCGUCCCCGGCGCCGCCCCCGCCGCGGGCGGAGCAGGCGCCUCCGACUACGACCCGGACAUGGCGAUGCAAAUAGCCCAGUGGCAGAGCGCCUACACCUCCAAAGACGCCUCGGCAUCCGCCUCCGCCACCGCCUCCGGCGCAGCGGGCCGCGGCACCCCCAACGUCCUUGGCGGCACCGGCCCCAACGCCACCGACAUCCCCGACCCGGCAGCCGCCGCCGCGGCCGCCAACGCGCCCCCGGAGCGCAAGAAGACGGUCGUCCGCGAGGGCGGCGGCAAGAAGUGGUCCGACGACACCCUCGCCGAGUGGGACCCGAGCCACCUGCGCCUCUUCGUCGGCAACCUCGCCGGCGAGGUGACGGACGACUCGCUGCUCAAGGCCUUCUCGCGGUGGAAAUCCGUGCAGAAGUCGCGCGUCAUCCGCGACAAGCGCACCGCCAAGUCCAAGGGCUACGGCUUCGUCUCCUUCAGCGACGCCGACGACUUCUUCCAGGCCGCCAAGGAGAUGAACGGGAAGUACAUCCAGAGCCACCCCGUCGUCGUCCGCAAGGCCAACACCGAGAUCAAGAUCACGAAUGUCAAGGAGAAGGACCACCACAACCACCGCAACAAGAAGAACAAGAAGCACUCUGGCCACGGCGGCGGUGGUGGUGGGAACAAGCACGAGGGCGGCGGCGGGUAUGAACCCCACCUCGGACCCGUACAUCACCACGGCGUCACGAAGCCCGGCCAGAAGACCAAGAACGGUCUGAAGCUCCUCGGUUGA